GUUUUCCCAUAUUUUGAAGGAGGAUGGGAAUAAAAGAUACUAUUUAUUCACAUUUUUCGGAGAUGCUUUAGGCUAGAAAAGAACAUAAGAACAUGGUGGAUCAAUUUGUAUAAAUUAUGGCAAACUUAGAGACAUGGUUGGCUGAAGAAAAUUCCAUCAUCCAAAAACCAGAUAAUGAGAAGCAAGCGUAUCUUUAUGAAUGGUUGGAACGAUUAAUUGAACAUCUGAAUAAUGGAAAAGCAACUAAUGUAGAAAUCAAGAAGAUACAGCCAAAAAUUGUUGCAACGUUGCAUAAAAUUCUGGAAAUAAAUUGCAGUCCCGCUACCCAACAGCAACUAGCAUUAUGUUUUGCAGCCAUAUUUAAUGCGGGAACAACACUUGGUCUAUUUGACAGUGUUAACAAAUGUGUUGAUAUCAUUAAGAGUCGUGAUGAUUCACCAAAUAAUCAGUCAAUAAAACUGUCUGCUAUUUGUUGUAUGGGAGGAAUAUAUAAAAAACUUGGACGAAUGGUAUUUUUUAUUUUUUUUAUUUCAAUAAAGUUUUGUGUUGAUAAGUUACCAUGUAAUAUAAGUAUUUUUCAUUGUUUUUCUUCUCUUCAGGUUGGUACACUGUUCGAUAUUGGUUUGCAAAGUUUAACAAAAAUUUUGUACAAGUCCGAGUCUCAAGCAAAAUGUGAGAUUCUAUUGUGCUUUCAAAAGAUGUUGUUUGGACUGGGCAAUGCUGCAUCAUCCGGAUAUAAAGAUAUUUAUAAAGCUUGCAAAGCCUGUCUUGUUGAUAAAUCCAUGUCAGUUAGGUGGGCAGCAGCCAAAUGUGCUUUGGAGUUAUCAAAACAUGCCAAUUUUCUAUGUACAACAGACUUGGAGACAAUGGUGUCGACAUGUUUAAAAGCUUUAGAGGGCUCAAAUUAUGAUGUCAGAGUCCAAGUGGCUCAGUUGCUUGGUAUUUUAAUGGCUGGGUCACAGAAAGUUGUACCUAAUGCAAAUAAAAAUACAAAAAAGAUCUCAAUUGAGGAUGUAUUUGGACUUAUGGCUUCAGCCUUUUUAAAAGGUGGUAUUGGUUUCUUAAAAAGCGGAGGAAUCAUCGAGUCAGGUUUAAACCGAGAAAUACGUGUGGGUGUAACACAGGCAUAUGUGGUUUUCUUUCAUGAAAUGGGAACAAAAUGGGUUUCAAAAUAUCUUGCUGGUGUUAUUAUUCACAUUCUGGAACUUGCUGCAAGUCAAAAAGCAACAGCCACUCAUAUAGAUGCUGUAUACUCUCGAAAAUGCGUCUCCUUUAUUCUACAUUCUGUGUUCCAUGGGAUGCUACCUGAGCGUUCACAAGUACAUGCUGUGAAAGAGUUGUGUAAAGUGAUCACGAAACAAAUGAAUAAUAUCCAUCAGAUAGUGUCAUCCGAAAACAAUUCUGAUUCUGCAUUUAACAUUGAUGUGAUUAGUACUCAACAUGUUCUUGUUUGUGCUUUAGCAGAAAUCAGUAAUUUAGUAUUAGCAUUGACAUCAUCAGUUAAAGCAAUUAUGAAUGACACCAUUGUGGAGGCUGUGUUCUCAACAUUAAUCCAUCCAGUACCAGCGGUAUGGCUUUCUGCUGCAUGGUGUAUCCGGUCGUGCACAAUCGCGAUUUCAUCAAACAUGACGAAUUUGAUAGAUGUAUGUAUGAACAAGAUGAAAAUAUUGAGGUCGUCAGCAGAAGCAGUGACUGGUUAUGGUUAUACAUUAGCAGCAAUAAUCGGUGGCUUGUAUAAAUGUCCAUUGGGUUUGCCUUUUGCUAAAGCUAAAACUUUAUUUUCUUUAACAAUGGACCUUUUACAAAAUGGAGGAAAAAAUGGCAAACUUGCAUUGUGCAAAGUUCAAACUGGGUGGGUCCUGCUUGGUGCUUUGUGUACUUUAGGACCAUCAUUUAUCAAAAGCUGUAUUCCAGACAUGCUGCAAAUAUGGUCAUCGGUUUUUCCUGCUAGUAACAAGGAUGUUGAUGCAGAGCAAAGCCGAGGCAACCUAAAAACAUGGCAACUGACAUUAGAAAACCGUGCUGGUGCUUUAUGCUCAAUGGCAGGUUUCGUCACGCAUUGUAAACAGCUUUUGGUGCCAGAUGUUGUCAGAAAAAUGAUGUUACCUGUUGAAGCUGCACUUGUAUUCUUUCAGAAGCUUCAAAAUUUGGUGAAAACCCAUGGACCUCAACUUCAACCUUCUGUUGCCAUGUUUAAAUCUCGAUUGUAUCAUCUUUUGUCUAAAUUGCAACAGCCAAGAUUGUUUGAGGGUUUUUUCACUCCAUUGCUCAGGGACCUGGUAACUGUUUUUACACUGGCCAAUCAAAAAGGGUCCACAAUGACGUCAUUACUUCAGUCGUUGUGUCAUAAAGAUGAUAGCCUUUUAUUGGGUUCUUGGCUUCAAGAAACAGACCAUAAAGACGUAGAAGAACAGCUUCAGUUAAACAGUGCAUCAGGUUCAGGUGCAUUGGAACACGAUUCAGCUUGUGUGUAUGCUGCAUGCAAGAAUAUGAAAUUUCCUGGACCUCUACCACUUGGUGUUGCAGUCAUUGAUAAUGCAAUUGUUUUGUUUGGUCAUAUUUUCCCCUUCGUGACAAAUAAACAUCGCUCACAAUUAAUGAGCCAUUUCAAUGAAUGCAUUGUCAAGAAUAAAGGAAGUCGACAACAAGCGAUACAAACAAAUAUUUUCACAGCUUUCUUAGCUGCACUCAAGAACUUAGCUGAGAACAAAUCUGUUUUUGGAGAAGAGAGUGUACGAUCCCAUGCAAACAUUUUGGUGCAGGAUGCAUUAGCGAACACAGAUAAUAUCUUGCGUUGUGCUGCUGGCGAAGCUCUGGGGAGAAUGGCACAAGUGAUGAACGAUCCAGAAUUUGUAGCAGCCACAGCUCAAGCAAGUUUUGAGAAAUGUCAGAAAACUCCUGAUGCUGUCAUCAGAACUGGCCAUGCUCUCGCUUUAGGCUGUUUGCAUAGAUAUGUUGGCGGUAUGGGGUCUGGACACCACUUGGUUAACAGCGUAUCCAUAUUAAUUGCGCUAGCAAAAGAUGCAUCGUCAACUCUUGUGCAAAUUUGGUCAAUGCAUGGUCUUACAUUGAUAGCUGACUCAGGAGGGCCAAUGUUUCGUACAUUUGUUGACCAGUCACUAUACACAGUUAUCAACCUGUUACUUCAAACACCACCCUUCAUGACCGAGGUUCAUCAAUGUCUUGGAAAAUGUAUUGGAGCACUUAUCACAGCUAUUGGACCAGAACUGCAAGACACAUCCAAGGUCAUGGAACGCUCGCGUUUGUUCUGCAUGACGGCUUGUUCAAUCAUGCAAAACCAUCCCGACUCGUUAGUACAAUCAGAAGCGAUACGUUGUUUACAGCAAUUACAUUUAUUUGCACCCAACGUCGUCAAUUUGAACACGCUUGUUCCUCAUCUCUGUCAGAACCUGUUAAGUCCUCAUCUGAUCCUACGAAGAGCUAGUGUUGAUUGCAUGAGGCAGCUGUCUCAUCGCGAAGCUAGAGACAUUUGUCAGUUGGGUAAAUCUAUUGUUGAAAAUAACGAAGAAGUGACAAAAAAGAUGUAUAUUGGUAAUAAGGGUCUGGAAGGUUUGUUGUUCAGUUUGUUAGAUGCUGAAGUUGAGUCUCGCUUACUCAAACACAUCCGUGAAACAAUCACCAGCAUGUUGCAAGCACGUGCAGCGACAGAAUUGAAACAUUGGCUUGGACUGUGUAAGCAAGUCCUGUUAGCUUCGAAUGUGGAAGACGCACCUGAAAAGCCUACCGUUGGUGCGGAUGAUGAUGAUGGUGAGGAAGGAAAUAUAGUGGUUAGUAGCAAAGACCCACCACAACCUACCAUCUCACCGAAAUGGCCGACACGUGUGUUUGCAAUGGAAUGUACAAGGAUGAUUUUAGAGGUUUGCAAGGCCCACAAGGAGCAUACAGAUUUAACACAUGCAAGGUUGUUGAAAGAAAAAAAUCCAGCGGAUGAGUUUUUAGUAACACAACUGUCAGAACUUGUGAGAAUGGCGUUCAUUGCUGGUACUUCGACAAACGAUUUGCUGAAAUUAGAAGGGAUGAAGACUCUACAGGACGUCGUGGUUUUGUUCGCGAAUGUGCCGGACCCGGACAUUCCAGGUCAUUUAAUACUGGAGCAGUUUCAAGCACAGGUUGGAACUGCUCUGCGACCUGCUUUUGCUGAUAAUGUACCCCCUGAUGUUCGAGCGAUGGCUUGUGAGGUAUGCUCUUCAUGGAUUGGAUGUGGAAUAUCACGUGAUAUAAAUGACGUGCGUCGAAUUCAACAACUUUUAGUGAACUCGUUAGAAAAAAUCGACUCGUCAGAUGACCUCUCCAAGUUGGUGUAUAGCGAAAGUGCGUAUACGUUACAAACGUUAGCUGUCUUGAAAGCUUGGGCACAGAUUUACAUCAUGGCAAUAAAACAUGAGAGCGAAUCAGGCAAACCAUCUGAAGAUGAAUACACCACUUCAAGUUUACUCGAUCUAGUUCAGAAGGAUUUAAAGUUGUUGGUGAAACACUGGAUAGGCGCUGCACGUGACUAUGUGUUAUUGACUCUUCCUGUGCAGUAUGCAUCCCAGUUACCUCCGGAAGGAGGUACGUUCUACAGCGCCGAGAUGGUGGAGGAAGUGGGAUCUCACUACAAACAAGCAUGGCCGCCCAUGAUUCAUGCCAUCGCUCUCUGGUUGACAAAUGUGGCAUUCAAACAUCCCGAAGACACUGUUAUCGGAGCGGGCGACGAAGUACCAGCUAGGCUGACCAUGGAUACGUUGGAGAAGUCUCAUGAAGAAAUAAAUUGUGAUCGCUUCCACCUCAUCGCAGGGAUAUGUAUUGAAGCAAUGUGCUCACCCAUGGCCACUUAUCCUCAAGGAACCGUGGAGACUUGCAUCGAUGCUGUUAAUGCACUGUUGGAAUCUAAUUUUGGUAGAACGCGUAUUGUUCAUAAGAAUGAAUUAUGUAUUGAACUCUUGACUGUCCUAUACCGUUUGUUAUUAUCGUAUGAAGAAAUUCGCAUCCAGCAAACCAUAUUAGAUAUAGUUUUUAAGUGCACGCAAGCUUAUGGCGAGAAAAUAAAUUCGCGAGAGGAGGUUGAAGAUGAUACUGAACCAAAGAAAUAUAUAGAGCGAAGAGAAGAAGAGUUAGUGCCAAAAAAGAGUGUGGUAUUCUCCAUCUUAGAGGUUUGUACAUACAUGGUCACAAAGUAUGCGCAUUCAGUCAUGCCAGAGAGCACUCAGAAGAUAAAAUCAAAUUCUCGAAAAUACGAGUUUAGUCCGUCUUCUGUAAAGUUGUUGUCGCAUAUCACUUCCAUUUUGUCGCAACUACCUGAUCUGUGUUCUCCAUCCGCAAGUCUUGUUUGCCUUCCGACAAUCGUGUUUUUGUCGACGACAGUACUCAAAUAUAUCGCUGUCGGUCUUGAUGAAUCAUUUCAGAAUGUAAGCGAAUUAAAGCUGGCAUUGGAAAAAAUUAUACGUAGUUUUAAAAAAGUGAUAACCUCUGAACAUGGUCGAAAUGAGUUAUGCGUUAAAAGCUGGGAAAAAAUUAUUCAAAGUUCAUUUAUGUCAUUACUUCAAGUCCCACAAGAGUGUGUCAGGUAUACUGCAUUGAAAGAUGCGUCAUCGCCUGGUCUUGCUUUGUGGGAAAAUUUGUUACUCUCCUUCUCUGUGUUUAUUUUACAUACUCCAAACCAAGCUGUGAGUAAAACGGUGUUGCUGGCAGAUUGUAUCGAAGUGUUUGUUGAUGUCAUUAAAUAUGCUCCCGCAAAGUUACGUCUGCAUGCUUUAAAAAUUAUCGAGAGCAUGGUGAAAAGCGUGGACGAAGAUAUAUCCAUACCGUUCAUUCGACAGUGUGUACCGCACGUGGUUGGGAUAUUAGAAGAAGCUCAAACUAAUAAACCAUCGUGUGACGUCGAAUUAACGGUUUGCAAAGAAAGUAUAUCGUUGAUCGAAAUUGUGUUAGCAAUGGUGGAAGAUAGCAAUCGUGUUCAUAUGAUGUCAAUAUAUGUUCCUGUGUUGAUUUAUCUUCUGUAUGAUUCAUCAUCACUGAGUAAAGCGAACGGAUUUUCGCGAUCACUUCACGAAUUUUGUAUACAACGAUUAACUGCGACUGGACCUUUGUAUCCACUUGCAUUCCGUUCAAUUAUGGGUGGUACGCCUGAAUUAAAAGACAAACUGACCGCAGGUAUUAAAGCCAACGAAGCGAUUAAAACAGCAAAGAAGAACAUGGAGAUGAAUAAGUCAUCGGCGCCAGCACAGCCACAAAUAAAACUGAAAAUGGACUUCAGUAACUUUAAAUGAACAAGAAGGAAUGCGUGAAUAGAUAAGAGAACUUUUCAAGUGUGUAAAUAAAUAAAUUUUAUAUGAAUUUUCAAAAAAUAGCUGACAACUAAAUAAA